UUUAUUUGAUUUGAUUGGAAAUUAUUCAACUUUACAAUAUUCUCACAAUACCAUAAAAUGGGCCGGGAUUCUUACCACAAAGGAAAAUAUUUUGUCACAUUCAAACGGGGUUUUGAAGACUGCAAGAAAGAUAUCACUAUCACAGUGGAUAAAGUUUACGAGAAUGAUAGCUUGAGAAUCAUUCUGUCUGAUGAUGAGGAUCCAGCGUUUCUUUUUGUUCUGAAUGUGACCCGGUGCGACUACGAGGAUCUGAAGAGGCAGCAGGGACUGCUCAUCGACUUCGACAACUUCCCCUCACAACUGGUGCGGCUCUUGCAACAGUGCUCAUCCAAUAAUAUGUUUCUAAUAAUGCAGCAGUCCAACCCGGUCCAGUUCUACUUCGAGGUGGUGGAGCACAACGAGUUCAAGCGCCUGGUGCAUUUGUCACUGAAGACUGGACCCGCCUCCGAUACUGAUGUCAAGAAACAUAUGUCUGACACUAUCAUCAAUCUAAAGAAAUCCUUAUCUGCUGUGAAGAGUUCACUGUCAAGUAGUGAAGCGAUGUGGAGUGACAAGUGCAUGAUGAUGGAGCGCAAGCUGCACGACCUGGCGCAGGCCGUCUCCAAGAUGGAGGAAGACAAGCAGCGGAAGGAGGCCGAGUUUCAGGAGUCUUUGAAGUUAGAAAAGGAUAGAAUGGCACAGGAAAGACAUCAAUGGCAGAAAAGUUUAGAAUCGAACACAAAAUCACAGUUAGCAAUAGCACAAGAAAACAUGAAUAGGAAAGAUAAGACUAUUGAUGAAUUAAAUUCAGCUAUCAAACAACAGAAGGACAGUAUAAAUCAUCUGGAGUUGCAGUUAAGUGAAAAAUCCCAUCGAAUGAACAUGUUGGAAAAGGAAGUGCAGAAAGCACACAUAGAAGUGGCCACCACAAAGGCCAAAAAUGUAUCCCUUGAGAGGGAAGUGAUGGAAAAGGAAAAACAAUGCCAUCAAACUAAUUUGAAAUAUGGUGACUUGGAAAAGACUUUCAGAGAAAAUUCUGACCUGAUAAAAGAGUUAAACAACACUAUCAAAACGCUAAAAAGGGAAAAGUCAACACUAGAAGAGCGUCUGGUUAUGAGUGAAUCGCUGGCUAAUAAAAACAAUAAUGCAGCGCAAACAACCUCCGAACAGUUACUGAAGGCCAAUCAAAUUAUAUCCAAACAGAACAGUGAUCUUAUUGAAAUUAAAGAAAAGCUUCUGUGCAGAACAGCUAUAGCAUUGGAACAAGAAAAGGUGAUAGAAGCGAACACCAAAGAAAUCACCGACUUGAAAACAGAAGUAAAGGAGACGAAACAAAGUAUGGAUAAGCUGAGAGUAGAACUGGACAAUCUCAAAGAAAAAUACGAAAAUAACGACAGAGCGUUGAAAGACAAGGAGGAGACAAUAAAGAAUAACAAUAUGGUUAUCCAAUGGUUACACAAAAAGAUGGAAGACAACUGCAUAGCACCUGACUCUAGUAGACCGAGGCAGGGCCUCAUGACCGCAACCAGCUCGACACCUUAUUUCCUGUCCAAUAAGGGCCACAAUCAUAAUGACACAAAUGGAAUGCAUGCCAUGUCGGAUGAGUCCAUCAAUUUUUACGCAACUUCAAAAUCAGACGUAGAGGAUAGCCCUAGGCCAGAGAUGAAUAAAGUUGGCUUAGAUCCUAAAUACCUAAAGCCUGCACCUAGUGAUAGACAAUUAAAAUCCACGGAUAGAAAAGAUAAAACCUCCGCCACGGCCGGUACUAUCAGCGCCAAAGGCAAAGAAAAUAACGCUAUAAAUUUACCUCAAGUAGAUUACAGAGAGAAAAAGUCUGGAAAAGCAGUUUCUUACAGAGCAACCCCAGUAUCAGCUUACUUUCCAUAAUGCAAUAGAAAAUUGCUUGAAUGCUGAAUCUCGAACUAAUAAGUAGGUAUAUGAAUGGUAGGCAGCCUUUGUGCAAUAGUUUAGUAUUUAUUGUGGCCUGAUUUUAAUUUAGGCAACAGUGAACAUGUACAGUAAAAGUUAGACAGGUAUUAUAAAUAGUAGUUUUAUUUUUGUACAAAUAAACAUUUCCUUACUAAAAUAUA